AUGGGCAAUUGUAACAUUACUGACAAGAAAGAGUUUUCAGAUACAUCAAGUAUUUAGCUAGAUAAAUUAUAGUCCUAUCUGUUCAUAGUUUUGAGUUUAUUGAGGUGUUAGGUAAAGGAGGAUUUGGUAAAGUUUGGAAAGUGAAAAGAAGAAAAAACAAAAGUUAUUUUGCAUUAAAAAUGAUGUCUAAAGCAAAGUAUAUAAAAUAAUUGAAGAUUAGAAUAAUUGCAAAAAAAAGUGUAGCAUCAGUUAUGAAUGAAAAAAUAUUGUUAUGUUAAUUAAGACAUCCAUCAUUAAUAAAUAUAGUUGCUGCAUUUUAAGAUAGAGAGAAUUUAUAUUUAGUUAUGGAUUUAUUAAGUGGAGGGGAUCUUCGAUAUCACAUAGGUAAGAAUAGAAAAUUUUCAGAAGAAGAAACGAGUAAUAUCAGUUAUUAAUUUAGAAUUUUUUUGUGCUUGUAUAAUUAUAGCAUUAGAAUACUUGCAUUAAUAAGGGAUAAUACAUAGAGAUUUAAAGCCUGAGAAUUUAGUAUUUGAUUUAGAUGGUUAUUUGCGAUUAACUGAUUUGGGAAUAGCAAGAAUUUGGAGACCAGAUAAUUAAUCUGAUACAAGUGGAACUCCAGGAUAUAUGGCACCAGAAGUAUUAUGCAGACAAAAUCAUGGAAUAGCUGUAGAUUAUUUUGCAUUAGGAGUUAUUGUUUAUGAAUGUAUGUUGGGUAAAAGACCAUAUGUUGGAAGAUCUAGAUAAGAAAUUAGAGAUAAUGUAUUAGCAAAAUAAGUUUAAAUUAAAUAAAGUGAAGUACCUGUCUCAUGGUCUUUAGAAGCAGCUGAUUUUGCUAAUUAAGUGCAUUUUUAAAUAUUAAUUUAGUUAAUUUAAAGGAAACCUGCUUAAAGAUUAGGUUCAGAUAAUCCAGAAGCUGUAAAGAAUCAUCCAUGGUUUAAUGGAUUUGAAUGGAAUAAAUUAUUGAAUAAAUAAUUAAAAGCUCCAUAUUAACCAAGUAAUAGCAGUAAUUCUUGUGGGUCAACUUAGGAUACUGAACAAGAUACUAAAGAAAAGGAUAUUAUGCUAAGACGUAAUUCUAUUUAAGGUAUAUAUUGUUUAACAAAAUUAAGCAUAAUUCAAUGGAUAUUGUCAUGAUCCAAAUGAACCUAUAACUAUGAUUGCUGAACCAUCUAAAUUCUGA